AUGGAUUCUGCUACCCUUAAAGGCUACAAUAUUCAUGGGGAAGUCACCCUUGAUCUUUUUUAUGAAGUUAGUGGAGCGAUGAUUAUUCAUUAUGAGGCAAUAAAUGAAGAGGUCCCUCUGCUAGUCAUGCCGGACAACACAGUCGGCAUGGUGAAAUCAUUGAUACGCAACAAUGCAGGACUUUCUUCAGACAAGCCUCUGACCCUGGUUUAUGCCGGAGUGCAGCUUAAUGACUUCUUCAUGCUUUCCACGUACCAUGUUCAGAAAUGGGCGGUCUUUCAGAUUGUGGAUGCUGAUGAUAAAGACCCCAUGACAAGCGUUCAGAUACGAGUCAAGAAUGUUACCUCUGGAGAUACCAUAUUUCUACAAGUUAAAAGAUCCGACACCAUUCGCGAUGUGAAAAUAAUGAUUAAAGGCUUGAAAGAUGCUAUUCCUGUUUGCAAGCAGAUUCUCUUCUUACCCCAAAAGCGGCUCGAGGACCAAUCGACUCUUGCCGACUAUUAUAUCAGGGAUCAAUCCAUCCUUAAUCUUCUUGUUUACACUCCUGAAAUGGAGCUGUAUGAAGACGGGUUUGCAGACUACUAGGUAUGGGAAGUUGAAGGCCACAAUGUUGAGAAGGGUUUGCUGUCAACUGUAGUACUGGUUGUUUAGUUUGAAUGGAAGGUAAAAUUACUCGAACUUAAGGUUGUUUAUAAGAAACUAUGUCCAUGAUCAGUUGUUCCAGUAUUAGUUCAGACCUUGUUGAAUCUUCUAUAUCUGUUGUGAAUGUGUUAGCUAUUGUGGUUUUGUAUUUUAUUUU